AUGGAGCGCAGCAGCUGGAGCGGCAGUGAGAGUCCAGGGGAGGACAUGGACCGGCUCAGCGACUCCGGAGGGGACAAGACCAUGGACGGCGAUCCGGAGGGGGUGUGGAGUCCGGACAUCGAGCAGAGCUUUCAAGAGGCGCUGGCCAUCUAUCCCCCCUGUGGCCGGCGGAAGAUCAUCCUGUCCGACGAGGGCAAGAUGUACGGUCGCAACGAGCUGAUAGCCAGAUACAUCAAGCUGCGGACGGGCAAGACGCGGACGAGGAAACAGGUAUCCAGUCACAUCCAGGUCUUAGCCAGAAGAAAAUCCCGGGAAUUUCAGUCCAAACUAAAGGACCAGAAUGCAAAGGAAAAAGCCCUGCAGAGCAUCUCCUCCAUGUCGUCGGCGCAGAUCGUCUCGGCCACAGCCAUCCACAGUAAGCUGCUGCCCGGGAUCGUCCGAGCGAGCUUCCCCGGCAACACACCGCUGUGGCAGGGCAUGAUCCCCGGAGGACAGUCCAGCUCCACGGCUGAAGACAUCAAGCCCUUCUCGCAGCAAGCCUACCCCGUUCAGACAGCGGUGACCACCACCAUCCCAGGCUACGAACCUCCCGCCGCCGCCCAGACGCACCGGGAGCCAGCGUGGCAAGGCCGCUCCAUCGGCACCAACAAACUCCGACUGGUGGAGUUUUCCUCGUUCCUGGAGAGUCAGAGGGAUCAGGAGGCAUACAACAAGCACUUGUUUGUGCACAUCAGCCAAUCGAGCCCGAGCUACAGCGACCCCCUGCUGGAGUGCGUGGACAUCAGACAAAUCUACGACAAGUUCCCCGAGAAGAAAGGCGGCCUUAAGGAACUGUUCAGCAAAGGCCCACAGAACGCAUUCUACCUGAUCAAGUUCUGGGCGGAUCUGAACUACAACGUACAGGACGACCCCGCGGCCUUCUACGGCGUCAGCAGCCAGUACGAGAGCUCGGAAAACAUGACCAUCACCUGCUCCACCAAGGUCUGCUCCUUUGGCAAGCAGGUGGUGGAGAAAGUGGAGACGGAGUACGCUCGCUUUGAAAAUGGACGCUUCGUUUAUAGAAUCAGCCGCUCCCCGAUGUGUGAAUACAUGAUCAACUUCAUCCACAAACUCAAACACCUGCCGGAGAAGUACAUGAUGAACAGUGUGCUGGAGAACUUCACUAUUCUGCUGGUGGUCAGCAACAGAGAGACCCAGGAGACGCUGCUGUGCAUGGCCUGUGUGUUCGAAGUGUCCAACAAUGAACAUGGGGCGCAACACCACAUUUACCGCCUGAUCAAGGAAUAA